AUGGCUCCGCCACCCGCGGUGCCGGAAGCGGACCACCAGGACGACGACGACGGCAUCCCGGAAGGGACCGGGGUAGACCUGAGAGUGGCGGUACGUAGGCUCAAGGCCAGUAAUACCGCCCCAGGACCCGAUGGCUUGCCUGGCAAAGCCUGGGUUCUGGCCUCGGAGGCUUUCGGGCCCCGACUGGAGGGGCUCCUAAGCGCAUGCUUGGAGAGAGGCCAAUUCCCACUUCGUUGGAAGACGGGGAAGCUGGUCCUCAUUCGGAAGCCGGGGCGCCCUGCGGACUCUCCGUCCGCAUACUGGCCCGUGGUGCUGCUCGACGAGGUGGGCAAGCUCUUUGAAAGAGUCAUUGCAAACCGCCUCGCCGAGCACCUUGCGGGGACGGGGCCGGAUCUUGCGGAAACCAAACAGGCGCUCUACGGUGGACGCCAUCAUGCGCGUGAGAGCCCUCACGACGGGGGAUGCAGUGGCCAGGGGGGGGGGGUUGUUUUGGCGGUGUCUCUCGACAUCGCCAACGCCUUCAACUCCAUUCCCUGGAGCUGCAUUAGGGAGGCACUCCGGUAUCACCGGGUGCCGAACUAUCUCCGUCGUAUAGUCGGGGACUAUCUGACGGAUAGGGCCGUCAUCUACCCCGGUCGCAACGGUGAGUGGAACCGGCGAGAGAUGUCGUGCGGUGUCCCACAAGGUUCGGUUCUGGGGCCGCCCCUGUGGAACAUCGGUUACGACUGGGUGCUGCGCGCCGACCUCCCUACCGGCGUCAGCGUAGUUUGCUACGCUGACGACACGCUGGUACUGGCACAGGGGAGGUCGUACGAGGCUGCGGCGGAAAAUAUGACACGCGGGGUUGCGAUAGUCGUUGAGAGGAUCCGGCAGCUGGGUCUUAAGAAACUUCAAAAGUACUUUGUUGGUUAUGCUAUAAGACAAAUUUUAAGUGCAAUUCCUCUAAAAGGAAAGGGGCAAAGUAGUUCUAGAUUAUAA